AUGCCCUCCGCAACACCUAGGUCUGCCCUCACAAUCAGACCUCGUGUACCUCCAGCACCAAACCAAGAACCUCCUACGCGAAAGUUGAAGCAUCGGCCGUGCACUUCCCUACCAGACAACGACGACUUCCUGGGCCUCCAAGCCGUUCAAUCUCCCCGUUCAGCCUCAGCCUACGAGCGCCCAGCAAAACGUCCCAUGCCCUCCCCAAACAAAACUAUUGCUGUUGUCAAUGCUUCAGGCAGGCAAGCAGCCUCUUUUAUCCGUGUUGCCGCCGCAGUUGGGUACCGUGUACGGGCUCAAGUACGGAGGCUCGACGGCAUCGUCGCUUCUGAGAUAUCUUCCUUGCAGAAUGUCACUGUGCUCGUUGGAGAUCUGUACACCAAAGCCUCCCCGAAAGAUGCCUCUCCUCCACUGGGAGCAAAAGGCGGUCACCCAAAUAUAGGCGUCAAUCACGAUUUGAUUUCUGAACUGUUCCGUGGCGCGCAGUUGGCGUUUAUCAACACGACAUUCUGGGGCGACGAGGUAGCCAUUGGAAAGGCGGUGGCAGACGCUGCUGUCAAGGCAAACGUGCAGCACUACAUCUACUCAACGAUGCCGAAUUACUCCCUCCACACUCCUCCUUCAGCGCCUAAGCCAUGGCCUUCCCUUCCACUCUGGUCGUCCAAAGAAACGAUAUCACAAUACAUACAAUCUCUCCCCACUCUCGCGCCGAGAACAACGUACUUGUACACUGGCAUCUACAAUAACAAUUUCACCUCCCUUCCAUACCCUCUCUUCUGUAUGGAACUUCAACCCGACGGCUCAUUUAUAUGGCAAGCACCUUUCCACCCAAACGUGCCAUUGCCUUGGCUAGACACUGAACAUGAUGUCGGGCCAGCCGUGCUACAAAUAUUCAAAGACGGUCUGCAGAAGUGGGGCAGCAAGUCCAUACCUCUUGCCUACGAAAUGCUGUCUCCACUUGAAGCAUGCGCCGCGUUUUCCAGAGGUGUGGGGAGAAAGGUACGGUACAAGCGUGGGGGUAUUGAUAUCAAGGUCAAGAUACCUAAUGGAUAUCGAGAGCAGCUUGUUGCCCUAGAGGAACUGUACGAGUUGGGGAAAGAGGAUGGAAAUCUACAGCCUUUUUAUUUCGGCACCAGGAAUCUGGAAGAACGGUGCCCGGAGCAGGCUCUUGCACUGUGGGAGGGACCAAGGGGACUGGAGGAGUACGCGAGGGAGGUAUUCCCACUGGAAGAGGCGGCGAAUGGGGCGACGUGGAUGAAUGAGGAUGUUGAUGGAGUCGAAUAUGUUGAACCUGGAGAUGCGGAAAAUGAAGACAGUGAUGAUGAUGAUGAUGAUGGCCUGGUUAUGGGAGGAGGCAUAGGGACAAGCGGUACUGGCGAAAAUACCCCUGCGAGAAGGGAGGAGAGUUGGCUUGCAUGA